AUGGAAUUGCUCAAUUUGCUUGCUCUGUCGUUUUUAUUGGAUAUACAAACAUUCAAAAAAGACAAACGACGGUUGAUCCUUUUUGGAAUUGGUUCAUUUAUAGCAUUUCAUAUAAUUAAUUUACCUUGGACUUUUUAUACGGAAAAACUUGAUUAUAUAAAAUUAGCGCCGAACUCAACAAAUGAAAAUACUUCUUAUAGACGAAGUUGCUCUAGGCGUUAUAUUUGGUGUGAUGAUAUACGCAGAAUUCCAUUAAGAAUCUAUAUAUUCAGUACUGUUGUAUUAUCCGGCCUUGGUUUUCCAUUUAUGUCAUCGCCAACUGGAUCACUUCUCUCAGAGAUAUUAGGACCAGGUCAUUGA